GGCGUGGACCAUGUUGCAGGAGCUUUGCUUCUUCUUCUAUGGAGGUUAUCCAGAGUGAUGAUAAGGAGGAAGAGGCGAAACCAAAAUGAAAGAUUCUUCAAGCGAAAGGGCGGUGUUUUACUGCAACAGCAACUUUCUUCCGGUGAAGGCAAUCAUGUAGGGAAAGGAAAAGUGUUCAACUCUAAGGAAUUAGAGAAGGCUAACUGCAACUUUUGUAAAGAGAGGAUACUUGGACAAGGCGGUCAAGGAACUGUUUACAAGGGAACGCAGGACGAUGGAAGAAUUGUUGCUGUCAAGAAAUCCUAUGGAAUGGUCGCCGAUGUGGGGAAAGUGGAGCAGUUCAUUGAUGAACUGGUCAUCCUGUCGCAGGUUAAUCAUCGAAAUGUGGUCAAGCUAUUGGGGUAUUUUCUGGAGACGCUGCUACCUCUUCUUGUCCAUGAGUUUAUCCCCAACAGAACACUCAGUCACUAUCUCCAUGACCCCAAGAAAGAGCUGGUGCUUUCAUGGGAGAUGCGCUUGAGAAUUGCUGCUGAAGUUGCCAGGGCUCUUUCUUUCUUGCAUUCUUCUGCGUCGAUACCAAUUUACCAUCGAGACAUCAAGUCGACCAAUAUAAUGUUGGACUACAAGUACAGGGCAAAGAUAGUGGACUUAGGGAUUUGUAAGUUUGUUGCCAUCGACCAAACCCAUGUGACAACGCAAGUGCAAGGAACCUUCGGGAGCCUUGAUCUAGAAUACUUCCAAUCUCGUCGGUUCACCGACAAAAGUGAUGUUUACAGUUUUGGUGUUGUCCUUGCGGAGCUCUUGACGGGUCAAAUGCCAAUCUCCAUAAUUAGGCCUGAAGAGUACAGAGGUUUGGCGACAUACUUUAGGCUUUCCAUGGAGGAGAACCAUUGUGGUAUUCUUGAUUCUGACGUCUUGAAGCAAGGUAAGGAAGAAGAGAUUGUGACAGUUGCUUACCUUGCAAAGAGAUGCUUAGACCUCAAGGGGAAGAGACGACCUUCAAUGAAGGAAGUAGCCACGGAGCUGGAGAGGAUAAGAGUUUUGCCAAAUCCUUCCCGUGAUGUCCAUCCACUUCGAGAUAUUGAAUCUGGGUGAGGAACCGUCGCACCGGUGCGCACGCAGACUGCACGCCUAGAUUGUCCUUUUGCCAACGUUAAGGUUGUUAUGGUUAGUUUUAGGAAGAAAUAAAGUUCUAAUUAUUGGCAGUAAUUGGAAAUGCACAUGUAUUCCUUUGAUGCGUAAUCUUCUUCCUGUCGGAUGUCCUAUCCAUGGCUAAUGAGGUGAAAUUUAGGUGCUGAAAAAUGGGGGCCAACUUGUACUUGAUCAGAAGAAUUGAUUCCUA